AUGGAACCAGUAACUACUCACUCCUGCCUCUACGAGCUGGAGUCCCAACAGGCCCACUGUGAUGCUUUCCCUAUCUGUGCCUUUCUCCACAUUAGUUCCUCUUCCCGGAACCUCUUCCGCAGAACAACUUGGUGCCAGACAACUGACAAGUCAGACCAACUGGCCCUGCACGAUGACAGAGAAGCAGCGGAUUAUGACCAGGAUUCUGUUUUGUUCACUGUGGUAUCUCCCAUGCCUGAAACACUGCGAUGCACAUGCCGGCUCCCACGACCCCUCGGGGUGACUGACUCGAGCCCCACAAGGUCGGCCUUAAUUUCUAUUCUUCCACUCAUUCCUCCGAGCAAACGAGAGCUCUCUAGGCUGUCAACGCCCGACAAUCUCGAGCGGGAAGCUUUUUCUGUGACAUCUGUCAAAUCCGGUGCUAAGGCCAGCCUCGCUGCGCCCUUCGCGGGUCUCCAGGACUCCAGGGCGGCCGGCGAACCCACACCUGGGCGCCGGGUGACAUUCCCCCUGUCGUGGAACACCUGCUCGCAGACCCACGGGGAUCUUCCUCGGGCUGCCCAGGACCCAGACGGCGCAGGCCGGACCGAAGUUCGCAAGCUGGGGUCGGCCGCAUCCCCGGGCCGGGAAUACCCAGGUAGCGAUGCCCGCGGAGGGGAGAUGGGUAUUUCCGCGGACUCUUUCCCGGUCCCUUUAAGGGUGCCUGCGGCACCUCUGCCCGUUCUAGUCCGCAGCGCCAGCCCCCGCGAGGGAGGAUGGGGGCGGACGAGUGCGGCGCCUUUAAGGGGCGCAGCCUCCCCGCGGCCCGGGUGGGGGCAGGGAGCGGGCACGGGCCCUUUAAGGCCGGCAGCGGGCACGUCGGGCAGGGCUCCCCGGCGGCCGGGCUGCGCCCCGGGCGGCGGCGGGGGCUUUGAGCCUACCAGGGUGCUAACGGCCCCGACGGGGUGCCCGCGGCCGCACCGCUGGCUGCGGCCAGCCCGACACUCACCGUGGCUCGCCGGGAGCGCCCGCGCCCGCGCCCCCACUCGGAUCCCGCGGCGGCGGCGGCGGUGA